AUGACCUCUUCGAAUUCGCGACUCUUUUUGCUUCUCCUCAACUACUCAAGUUCAUAUCUCCUUCCAUACCACUUCCAUCUUGUGACUCUUCACUACUCAAUAUUUCCUAGCCACCAGACAUGGACAGAAGCAUCUAUGUCAGUACUGAAGGAGAUUCCGCCUGACUCCCUGACUAUUCGCAGAUACUUCUCCACCAAUCGGCAAGCUCCACAACAACUCGAUAUAUUUGCAACCAAAGUUACUCUCCUUCAACAUCACCUGCAAAAUCCUAAUAUGCAGAAGCAGUUCUCGAUUCCCCAAGUACCACCCAAUCUCCCUUAUGAUGGAAUCAAAUUCUGGCGAGACAACAGAACUUGGUCACCUCUAGUCUCAAUGGGCUUUAAUGACAUAAUCACAAUUAUGGAAGCAAACAUUUCGGAUGAAAAACUGAAGUAUCAACAGUUCCCAGGUUACACCCUGUACCUUCUAACUAAAUACCGGCAAGUUGCAAGAGGAAAUCUAACUGGAGUAAAAGAAGGCCUCACCUCACACUACGAUCUAAUCAAGAUCUAUAAUCCACCUCAGAAUUGUCCAAACUUUGACUUUCUAAAUAUCUCACACAAUACUAUAGUAUUAGGAGACUUCAACGCCCAUUCCACCGGAUGGGGCUACAAGGAUACAAAAAUAGCUGGAAAGGAAAUCGAAGACAUGCUAAACAGCAACCCUCUGAAACUUAUUUGCAGCAAUGAGGAUCCGGCAACAUAUUUUAACUUAUUUACAGCAAUGAGGAUCCGGCUACAUAUUUACAAACUUAUUUGCAGCAAUGAGGAUCCGGCAACAUAUCUGCACAACAAUGGAACCAGAACAACUCCAGACUUACUCCUAGCUUCAAGCGACAUCAGCGAGCAUACACGCCGCAAAAUAAUUGACAAUCCUGGUUUUGGUCACAAACCAGUCAUUGCUAGUAUUACCACCGGCAGCAAAAGCAUGAAAAGGAAAGUGCCAACUAAGCUAUCAUGGAACUUCAAGAAGGCUGAGUGGCCUAGAUUCACAAACCUUUUAGGGAAUGAACUUCACACAAGUCCCCUCAACUUCAACCAACAUCCUGACAAACUUUGUAACGAUAUCACGAAUAUUAUGAUUAGAUGUGAUAAGAAAACGAAUCCCCCGAAGCAAGACUAA